GGCGAGACGCGGACCUUGGUCCCGGCGGCUCCGCGGCGGUGACACUAGCCCGCGCCGCCGCCGCCUCAGCCCCGCCGCCGCAGCCCCCGCCGCCGCCUUCCCGCACCAUGGAGUUCUCUGAGAGGAAAAGAAGCAGGAAAUCCCAGAGCUUCAAACUGGUGAGCCGAGAUUAUCACCAUGAGGUAUAUAAGGUCUCAGAAUUCAGCAACGAUGUUAAUGGGGAGACCAAAGAGACACAACCCAUUUUUUUAGGAGAUGAAAGCAUGGAAAUUAAAAAACAAAUUACAGGAAUGAGAAGAUUGCUGAAUGACAGUGCUGGGAGGAUUUAUCAGCGAGUUGGCAAAGAAGGAGAGAAAUUAAAAGAAGAGCCCCAGGACGUGGACUUAGUCUGGCCUCCACGUCUGAACUCAUCCACCGAGGCCCCACCGAGCUUCCACCCGUCUACACGUGGUGCGUGGAAUGAGCUACCGCCCCAAAGUGGGCAGUUCUCAGGGCAGUACGGCACCCGUUCUAGAACCUUCCAGAGCCAGCCCCACCCUUCUGCGAGCUGCAACGGAGAACUUCCAGUGGUGAAUUCAUCAGUUGGAUCAAACUGCUGCACUUGUAACUGCCAGUCAACGUUGCAGGCCAUUCUCCAAGAACUCAAGACCAUGAGGAAAUUAAUGCAAAUUCAAGCAGUUGGAAGUCAAAACAGACAACAACCCCCAAUUUCCCUUAUAUGCUCCCAGCGAACUGCUGUCUCACGCAAGAGAAACAAAAAGAAAAAAGUUCCCCCAAAAACUGUUGAACCUCUUACUGUGAAGCAGAAGCCCAGCGUGUCGGAAAUGGAGAAGAAAACAGCCGUGGCCUCGGAGCAGUCCAGUCUCCAAGCAGCCGAGCGUGCCUCCACGGAGGACAGCCACGUUGUGGGGUUCGGCAUUGUUCUGGAAUCGCCUUCCUCAGAUCCAGAAGUGCAACUUGCUGAAGGCUUUGAUGUGUUUAUGCCUAAAUCUCAGCUGGACUCUAUAUUGUCAAACUACACUCGCUCAGGAAGCCUUCUCUUUAGAAAACUGGUGUGUGCAUUUUUUGAUGACAAGACUUUGGCUAACUCCUUACCCAAUGGGAAGAGGAAAAGAGGACUCAAUGACAACCGGAAAGGACUAGACCAAAAUAUUGUGGGUGCAAUAAAAGUCUUCACAGAAAAGUACUGUACAGCUAACCAUGUGGAUAAACUUCCUGGCCCCAGAGACUGGGUGCAGAUUCUACAGGAUCAAAUUAAACUGGCCAGAAGAAGGUUAAAAAGAGGCUCAGCAGAGGUAGCUGACGGUGAUGAAAGACUGGACGGAGUUUCUCUGCCACCAACAGGAAAAAAGCCUGAGGCCCAGAAACAUUAAAUGACUUUCCCAAGGUCUCACAGCUGGUUGAUGGCCUGGCCGGAGCCCAGCUCCCUCGACUCCCAGCCAUGACAGCGUAUAGCCCUCUUAUACCUAAGCCAAAGCCAGCUUUUCUCUGCAUGUUUCUCAAAGACUCUGAGAUGACAGAUGUACUCAUCCCUUUGAGAUUCCAUUUCAGUGUCUCAGUCUUCACAAUUAGAAUGUUCGUCGUGUAGUCUACUGAAGUUCACCGCAGUUUAAGCUCAUUUAUUCGAGUCCUUUCUCAAAUUUUGCCCAAGGCUGUGAGGUCACCAUGAAGAAAGUAGAACACAACUGCAGGUCUUUUCACUCGACUGCUAAUAGAUAUUGGAUACAAAUUGCUAAACAGCAUGAUAAAUAAAAACGUUUAUCAUUUAGAAAAAGGGGGAAAGAAGUCGCAGGUUGGUGCUCAAAUUUUGCGGUAAUAAAAUUAAAUAAUCUUGAUAGUCUAGCAUCUCUUAAUUGCCUCUCUAAAGUAAAGCCCCCAGUCUGAUUGGCUUCUUUGAAAGCGCUGCUACUACUAAUAACCGCUCCUCACAUGUGCGCUAGUUAAGACCGUUGAGUGGUGAAUUCCACUCUUCUUGCACAUGUAGCUUCAUCCUUGAACUUGAAUCUCAUGGGUUCAAACCACUGGAGCAACCCACAAGCUCCAGUAUAGACCUUCAUUAUUUCAUUUAUCUGAGCUGGCAACAGUUAGUCCUUUUUAAAGAUUCAACAAUGCCUUUAUUACCUUUUUAAGGUCUUUUUUUCCCCUUGCAAAUUUGUGUGUGUUAGCAAGGCGCAGGGGAGGGGCUGUAAACCCUUAAGCAUUUCUAUGAAUCAGAAGUGACCAGGGCAGGGUUACAGUCCAAUGGUCACAUGACAUUUGUUUCUAUCCAUUAGAUUUAAGCAACCUUCUAUGUGUCAGGUGAAGCUUUCAGAAAAAUGAAUGCAGAUUCUCUAGUGGAGAAAUGUAUUUUCUUUAUUUAUUUUCCCUCAACCAUGUUCACUAAGCCUUUUUGAGCAGCUACCAGGAACCAGCACUGUGUUGGGUUCUGGUGUGCACACGCCCACCCUCGAACUAUCGAACUAUUGCAAGAGGCAGAAGCAGUUACGUAAAUUCUGCAGCCCAGAUGUGCAGAGGGUGCCUGGGUAACCGAGAAAAGCCACCCAGGAACUGGGGACAAUUUGCAUUUGAACAAUUUGCAUUUGAAAAGUGCAGAGAAGGUAAAAUUGCAACAGUGCUAUCUAAAAUUUAAAACGGGGCUUCUGAAUUUGAAAUAGGGUGAUGUUCAUCUGGGCUUAGCAGUUAUCGUCAUAAAUGGGCAUUCUUUUACAUACUUUUCUUUUUAAAAAUUAAUAAAGAAAAGUAUAAGGAAUAACAUUUAUAUUGAUGUUACCGUCAGAGAUAGCCAUCAUUGGAUGUUUUUUCCCAGACUUUAAUCUAUAUUUAUUUUAUUUAUACAAUGGAGAUGAAAUAUAAACUUUUGUUUCCUGAGUUUUUUGUUUUUUACCUAACAAGCAUUUUUGAUUAUAUUACAAAUCUCCGUGUGCCUUUUUUUCAUAGCUGCAUGCUAUUGUUUUGCGGGUAGAUUAUAUUUUAUCUAGCCGUUUUCUAUUACUGGACAAUAUAUGGACAUACUCUAACAGUAACACACAUUCGUGGGUUUUCUUGUAAAAAAUAAUCAUUUACAAAUUUCUAAUUCCAACUGUUGCUCAUUUAAUACAACUAAAGGCUUGGCUGCAACUUAGUGACUUCACUCUGACACACAGGCACGUCCCCAGUAAGCUGUCACUUGUCCAGAACGUCCAGCUCCAGCCAUGUCCCUGUCGUAGAAAAGUGUACAGUUCUUCCUUAGAGAAGUGGCUCUCCCCCCUUCAUUGUCUUGUCUCUGUUGUAGGUAAUAUAUUUGCCACCAAGAGAGAAAACACGGAGGACACAGAACCAGGUUCCAUUGCCUAGACCUCCCUUUUAGUGACAUUGUUCAGUAGCGUAUGUAACUCUGCCGUUUGCGGUUCCUCAAAGACCCAUGUAGCAUUUCAGUGCCUGCACCAUGUGGGUGUUCUGUGAAACUGACCUGUCAUGUUUGAAUAGUUUCAUCUGCUUUCUCUGUAAUAUGUGAUAAUCAAGCCUCCAAUUUGGUGUAAGGUUUUUAAAAAUCAUUUUUACAGUUGAUUUGUUACCCUUUAAAAGCCCAGCCUACGAUCCAGUUAGUUCAUUGUCCGUCCUGAAGAAGCGGUUCUCUCUUCCCUGUUUCUAUCCAAAACCUCAACGUGCAGAUAUAGAGCCUUGAAGCAUAUUCAUUUUGGUGUAAAUUGCUUAAUGUGGUAUAAAGGACCACGGCUCUCGCCAGUGCCGAGAGAGCAGCCGUGAAGGCCAAGUUAAUCAGCCUUUCAUCAGCUUAGAAGAUGAGAACGUUGUUCUGGGAGACAGGAGAGCUCUGACCUGUGAGAUGAAAUUAUUUACGACAUCAGUGCCCCCCAAAAUAGCCAAUUGUGACUGCGUCAGUAUAAAUGACAUAUGAGUUUUUAGGAAAGAAAAAACUUUCACCUAAGUUGCAGGAACACAAGGACAAAUUAACUAAUUAAAAGAUAAAAAAAAACUCAACGUAAUCAGUUAUCUACUUGAUACCUGACUACCAUUUUAAUAGAUGGUUUUAACUCAGUGGUCCAGGGUUUUGGCAUCAUGUGGCGACUGGCCACAAAUGUCCUUAAUAUUAAAUAGUUUAUUUGGUUCCUAGUACACUCACCCUCUACUUGCAUAAAACCAACAUAUGAAAAUCUGGAUUUAUUUUAAAGAGAUGUCUUGCCAUGUGGGUAUCUGUUUUACAGAAAUAUUUACCUCCAGAUUUUUUUUCUCUAAUAAGAUGGUGAAUUUAAAAUACUAUUUUUAUUUAGAAAUACUGUAUUUACACCUCAUUUAUUAUAUAAAGCAAAUUGCCUUGAAUGUUUGAUGCUUGACCCAAAGGCCAAAAAUUGGCACACUAGAAAUUUGGACUGUAGAGCCACCAGGCCCAGGGUCCAGGACUGCUGUGCUGGCAGUUUAACACCUUUCCCGAGCUCCGAUUUCAUCAAAGCACAGAAUGUCAGAGAUCGAAGUUACUGUGCAGGCCACUCAGUCCCACCCCUCAGGUCGGGAGGCUGGGGAAGGAGUGAGGGUACGUGGUUGCCUGGGGCCACUUAAGCCAUCAGUGGCCACCCCUGGUAGAAUCCAAAUUUCCUUACUACCCCUUGUCCAGGGUACUUAUGUCAUGUCACACCGAGAAACUAAACCCAGAGAGAAGAGGGGUGCUCUGGGGUAAAUGAGUAUUCCACUAAAGACCAACUAAUCCACUGAAGAUGAGGCCAGGCAUCCCUGUAAUGUGACAAAAAGCUGGUUCUGGGUGUGGCCUGUGGAAACAGUCUAACUACUAGACAAGUCACAUCUCGUAUGUGUGUGUCUUUUAUUUUUCUCCUUUUUGAAGCUCUAAAGAAGGUUCAGAGAAAUUAUUUCCAACAUAUCUUUUAGUUAUAGCCUUUUCCAUCUCUGGCCAGGAAGUAAUCCUUCCCCAAACCCGGUCCCUUUGUUUCAUCAGGUGGCCCGAGGAAGUGCUGUGAGCCGGGGCUUUUGUUUCUUUGCAGCACAUGUUUUAAAAUUUGUCUUCUGCCUCCCAGAAGGAAACAUUUCUCAAGGGACUAGAAAAGAUUAAUUAGUGACCUUUCGCUCUAUUAAAAUAUGAUGAAUAUGUUGCUAGUAAAGUUAAAAAUACUUACUUACAGCUGUGGGUCUGUCAAACAUGCACCACGAACCUGCAAAAGCACUUCCUUCCGAGACGGGGCCACAGCCUGGGGCUGUCAGUACUGGAGGGGGGUUGGGGACUGUCCCCCUCGCAGAUACAUGUGAUGGAUCCACACAUGGGAAAUACAUAUCAAAACCGCAACAGUAAAACCCUAUUUUGUAAAUUAAAAUUGUUAUUUGUGUUUACUUACUGUGACUACUGUUCAGACUUUAUUCAGAAAUCCUUUUUAUAGGCUUUCUUAGCAAAAUAAAUAAAUAAAUAAAUUGGAUAACGUCUCAAUCUUCUGUAUAUAUGUUUUAUUAAUGUGUAAAUAUUUAGAUUUUCUAAAAAUUACUAUGUUCUUUAAAAAAGAAUCCAGCGCAAGGCUAGUUGUGAAAACGGUGUAUAACAUUGUGUUGUGAUGUCAACCCCCAAGAUACUCUUUCUGUCCGUUCGGGAAGAUUACAAUAAAUCACUUUAAUUGAA